CAACAACAUUCACCUCCACUCUCAUUCCCGGGUUGCGAACACAACCGUUUCAGCUUGCGCACACAACUGGAGACGACGAUACAGCACACAGCGCCGAAACGGGGUAGAGAGACGGAGAUACGUGUCGUGAGCGAAAGUACUGCGGCCCAGCCCAGAGCUCUGCGGCACAGUACGCGAUCACGCUCGCCUUGUUUUUCUCUGCGCGCAAACAACGCCCAUCACAUCGUUCGCAACAGGCCUCCUCCAUAACCCCUUCACCACCCUCAGAAUUUUUCCUUGUCGCUCUGUUCUACUGUUUGCAACCUUUGAUCUCUCGACACCAUGAAGGUCACUAUUAAGGCCCUCCGCCCCGUCGCCGUAUGGAAGUGGGACACGUCCAACGAACCACACAAGCUCUACCACUACGGCAAUGGCGGCGUAAUGGACGACGAGGAUGAGGACGAGGAGUGCGGCAUCUGCCGGCUCUCCUUCGAGUCCUGUUGUCCAGCAUGCAAGAUGCCCGGCGACGACUGUCCGCUCAUCUGGGGCACAUGCACGCACGUCUUCCACAUGCACUGCCUGCUACAGUGGCUCGAAACGGAGCAGAGCAAGGAGCAGUGCCCGCUCGAUCGUCGCAAGUGGGAAACGGCCGACCGCAAGCCAGACCGUCUGCCCACGACCGUGGAUGGGGCACCCGUUGCAACGCUUGCGCCUGGGCCCAUCGUUGUGGACGACGACGACUCGCUGGACGAGGAGAUGCGCAACAGGCUGGACGAGGCGUACGAGGAUGGUACCAUGCAAGCCUUCACGCGUUCGCCUUAACGGGUGCGCCACAGCGCGUCGCAAGUGGUGCAGGACUCGCGGAAGGCUUUACAAGAUCACAAGACGCGAGCUCGGUGUUGUUCAUUUCGACGCCACCGUGCACCAGCACCCCACCUCUCAUGGUCUGUACUAUAUCAUGCAUGGAUACCUGUUUC